GGUGCGGCUGGCGAGGAGCGGCCGCGGCGGCGGGCGGGGGCACCGGCGAGGCGAGCGCAAGCGAGGAGGAUGUGAUCGCCCAGGUGCAGGCCAUGCGCGUCCGGGAGAUCAAGAAGGAGCUGGAGGACGCGGGCGUCAGAACCUCCGAUUGCUUCGAGAAGGCCGAGAUGGCCGAGCGCCUGGUGGCCUUCCGACGAGGUGGCGCGGAGGCAGUGCCGAUGGCUGCGGCGCCGGAGGAGGCUCGGCCCGGCCCCAGCGCGCCAGCGGCGGCGGCUGCCGCGGCCGCCGCGGAGCCCGCGCCCGAGCAGCAGCCCGCCAGCGAGGCGGCGGGCGGAGCGAGCGAGACGCCCACCGAGGAGAUCAUGGAGCGCUGCCGGGCCAUGCGCGUGAAGGAGCUGCGGACAGAGCUCGGCACCAGGGGCAUGUCUUGGGCGGAUUGCCUCGAGAAGGAGGAGCUGGUGCAGCGGCUGGCGGCCGUGCUGGCGCGGGAGGCGGCUUUCUGCAGGUCGGGCACACUGCCCGAGACGGAGGGGCCUAUAGAGGAGUUAGGCGCGGAGUACGACAGCCUCACAGUUGACGCGGUGCUGAAUGUGCGUGCCGCCGAUGUUUUUCGCACGGUGCUGGACUCCAUGAACGUGGAUGGGGCGGUAGCGAGCACAAUCGUCAAGGGGGCUGUGACACGCCUGCUGUUGCGUAUUUGUGAAGUCGGCAAGGUGGCGGCGCCUGACUUGGGCUGGCUCAAGGAUCCGCUGGACAUCGGAGUCAAGGUAGAGUUGGGCACCUAUUCCGAGCCGUUCAAGCCAGAGCGGCUUUGGGAAGCAGUCAUCCGCGAGGCCGCCUACGGCGCGGAUUGCAAGCGCUCCCGCUGGCGGUCGGAGAACGUCGACAAGCCGCGCGUUGACCGGCCAGCCACGAAGGCCAAGACCCAGGCGCCCAAGGCGUUCGCAGCAUCCGAGCGCCAGACAGACGGCCACAUCCUGCGCGACGGGCACAAGAAGGUUCUGGCCCAGGUCAAGGCUGAGGUUGAUCAGGUUGCGGCAGCUCUGUGGCACCAGAUGGAGUUGCGCGGCCUGCUCCGCGGGCUGCAGCCCCAAGCUGAGGCGGCAGCGCGACCAGGCCAUCAGAGACUGGGAGGCGGCGACCAGGCAAAGUUCGUCGGAGGGUGUCCGUGUACACAUUUCCGUGGCGUACCCUUCGCCGCUCACCGUGAUAAUGACCGUGCGGCACCGUCGUGGCGGAGCCACCGCGCGGGCCAGGCCCCGUGGAGGCGAGGGGCGUCGAUCCCUCGGCCCAUCCGCGCAGGCGAGGCCGCCCCCUCGUGGAGGCGCAGGGAGGGCGCGCCGCUGCCUGAGAGGCAGUCGCGCAUCGGCUCUAUGAAGUAG